AUGCGUGGCACAACUCCAAUGAAUAUGGGUGCCUGCAUUGGAUUUCGAGAAACACUAGCUGCUAAUCGACCCGGUGCAACUAAUAAUGAUUAUUAUCCAUUAAAUCAAUAUGUUGGAAAGAAUUUUUUUGAAGAUGAAAAUUAUCGAGCAGCUCUCGAACGUUUUGAUGGUGGUUAUCAAAUCUCAACGGAUUUCAUCGAGUGGAUGCAAGAAUAUUGUGAUAAUGAACGUGAACACGCUCGUAAUUUCAUUGCUUAUGCCGAAAAAUGGACUACACGAAUAAAACAUCAAUCAUCACUUGUAUCAUAUCAUACAACAAAACGUGCUCAACUUGACGUUGUUCGUAUACCUAAACAAUUAGCUCAUUUAAAAGAAUCGAAUUGUAAUGAAAUACAAAGAGUUAUUGAUAAAUAUCGUAAUUAUGUUAAUGAAACAUAUAUAAAUGAACGUUUUCGUCCUGGUCGUAAACAUCGUCGAACAAGUGAAUUUAAAAAAUUAUUUAAAACUGCACAUGCAUCUUUAAGUGAAGUUGCCGAUCAACUUGAAACAUUACGUACAUUAGAAAAAAAAGCUCGUGAAGCUCUUCAUACAGCUGAAAGUGCAUGUGAAAUUCUUCAAUUAGAUCCAUCAACAACAGAAAAACAAUUAGCACGUGCAAAUGAGGUGCAAAAUAAAAAACGAGCUACAUUAGAAGAUAUUCAAGGAAAACUUGUUGAUACAAAAGCUACGUAUAAAGUUGCACAAAAAACUUAUCGUAAAAAAGCAAUUGAAAUUUUUAAUCAAUGUCAAACUGUUGAAGAAGAACGUUUAGAUCAUAUACGUGAAACAUUAUUAGAUUUUAUUCAAGCUAUGUAUACACCGAAAUAUUCAAAUGAAUUAAAUCAAAUUUUUGAAAGUUUAACAACAAAAAUUACAACACAACAAAAUUCAUUUGAUGAUCUUCUUUUUUGGGCAAAAGCUUAUGGUAUUGAAAAUAAAUUAACAAAACCUUUAACAUUAACAUCAAAUAAUGAUGAUUAUGAUAGUGAUAGUAUAGUUGAAUCUCGUACACAUAGAAAAUCAAUUGAUCACGAAACAGAAAAACAUGAUCGACGUCAAUCAAUCGUAGAACAUGAAGCAGAUGACGAAGAAGCAUCAGCAGCCAUUAGUACUACAACUCCAGCUAAAACAAAAGUAAAAAGAACAAAGCCUAUAACAAAUACUGAUAAGAAAAAUACUAAUACAACUGAACCGUCCACAAUACAUAAUACAGUGCUCAAUCAGGUAUGA